AUGAGAAUUAUUGGACUUCUUCUUUUUAUGAUAGUCUAUGGAAUAGAUAUUGAACGUAUUCCAACUACGAAUCCUCCUCCUAGUUCCAGAAUUUUUCCAAUAAUGGAAAGUUUUCCAAGUUAUGAUUGCAUUAUUGUCUAUUCAGGAAAUUCAAACCCUUCAACUAUUUAUAAUGACAUCUGACUUUUUAACAUAACACUAUUUCAAUGAGAAAGGCUUUCUCCUUCAAAUGACGAGGCCCCAGGUAAAGUUUAUUUCAGUUCCAAGAUACAACGGAGGCUCUUUUAAAUCAGAAAGUAAACGUCUUUUGUACAUAUUCGGAGGAAUGUCGCAAUCAGGCCCUUUAAAUGAUUUAUGAUGCUUCCAGGCUGAUGGAUCUUUAUGAGAAAAAGUUUUAACGAAAGGAAAUAUUCCACCAUCUAGAAUGAGAUUUGGGUACGAUUCUUAUAAUGAUGAAUAUGGGAAUUCUAUUUUCGCUGUAUUUGGAGGAAUAACAGGCUCUGGAACGGACAAUAGCCUUUAUUUGUAAAAUAUAACUUAGACUGAAUAUCACUACAUGGACAUGAAAAGCUAUGAAGCCGACUAAUCUUCCUCCAAAACUUGAAGGUCCGUCAUUACGAUAUUACGAUAAAAAGUUAUAUUUGGCUGGCGGAUAUGCCACUUACUUAAAAGACCCAAACAUAAAAACCACUUUUUAUUACGAUUUAUCCACAAAUGACUGGGUAAACAUAACAACUUCCAAGACUUACAGCCCAAGACUCCAUCAAGGCAAUUUCAUUUACAAAGAUGAAUGAUAUUUAAUGACAGGCUAUUCACUACCAAAGAGCUCUCUAGACACUACAUGGUAUAAGCUCGAUUUAACUAGCUCCAGCUAUGACUGAGUUGAAGUCCAAAUGACAGAAGACACUGAAAACAUAACAAGGCAAGACAGUUAUGGCUAUGGUAUUUCUGGCGAUAUGGCUUUCACAUUUGCAGGAAAUAAAAUUCCAGAUAUUUCUAACCGAUUAGUAAUUUACAACUUAAAAAAUGAAAUUAUCACAUAUUAUGCUCUCCCAGAAGAUACCUCUCCUUCUCCUAGAAUGUAUCAUUCUUUAGAGCCAAUGGGCCGACAUCUUUAUACAUUUGGUGGUUUAAGUGAUAACGGUGAGCUUUUAAAUGAUUUAUGAUUAUACGACACUAUAGAUGAUUAUUGACAAAUAAAAGUACCUAUUGGAGACAUCCCAUCUAAAAGGCACAGUUAUGCUUCAGCCUCUGAUGGAGACCAUAUGCUUAUAUGAGGGGGAAAUGGUCAGGAAGGAUACUUAAAUGAUGGGUAUUUUUAUAAUAUAAAUACAAAUACAUAUGUGGCGCUUACGUAUAAAGGAAAGAAUCCAAGCCCAAGAGUAGGAGCUUGUAUAGUGAUGCAUGAAGAAAAUAUUUAUUUAUAUGGUGGCUUGACAAAUGCAGGGCUAUCUGAUGAGUUUUGGUAUUAUAGCAUUAACACUCAGACCUAUAAACUUUUAGACUCUGGAAAUUCAAAUGGCCCUGGGCCAUUAAUUUACCCUAGAUGCAGCCUUUCUACUACUGUAUCCAAUUUAAUAUAUGUUUUGUAUGGAGAAAGCGAAGACCUUUACCCCACAAACGAAAUUUAUGGCUUCAAUGCAAAAUCCUUAAAAUGGAAACAAUUUUACAGCAUCGAUACAAGCAUCUACGCAAAGAGUAGAGCUGCUGUAUUAAAGCUCCCAAAUAUAGUUAUAGCUGCUGGUGGAGAAUCAGAAGCCACUUACCCAACUAAUGGAAUUUAUGCAUACAAUAUUAAGUCUGACCAAUGGACAUUUUUUGGAGUUCUUCCAUAUUCGACUUUCGGUCCAGCAUCCACAUAUUUUAAAAACUAUUUUUAUAUUCACGGCGGAGGUACUGCUGAGUACACAUUAUUAAGAUUUAGUGUGCCAAGCAAUAAAUUUAUCAAAAUUGAUUUAAAAUCAUUAUGUACAACAGCAGAUGAUUGUGAUUUUACUUGUAGCCCAGGGACAUUUAAUAGUUCUUCAAGCUGCGAAGUCUGUGAAGCAGGGACAUAUAGUGGUGAAUUUGGGAAAAGUAGCUGCACACCUUGUACAAAAGGGAAAUAUGGCCCUCAUGAUGGGACUACAACUGGAGAUAUGUGCUAUCCUUGCCAACAAGGGCAGUUUAAUGACAAAGAAGGCAAGUCUUAUUGUAAUGAUUGCCCAGGAGGAGCUACUUGCAAUAUUGGUAGCCUAACUUAUAAUUAUAAUAUUACAGACUAUAAUGAUACAUUUGUCCAGCCAGCAAUAAGAGUAAGAGUUAUUAGGUUUAGUUAGUUGAGAAGCCAAAUGUUCCACCAUAUUGGCCACUAAAAAUGGUAACGUAGUGGUUCCGUCACCACGCCGGUGAAGUUCUGAAGGUUGUAUUCAAGUAAACUCUUUCAGGGCCUGCUUUGUUUAUUCUUUACUCCCUUUUCAGGGUUUCACUACCCGUUCUCCUUCAAAAGCAGGCUUUUGUGUUGCCCACCAUCCUUUCUGACUGUCUAAAGCCACAGCCACGACGUAAUCAGGAGAAAAAGCCGAAGCAGAAAAACCUCCUGUGAAGGUCCUCCAGCACCAGUGCGACCUAAUUCACCUAACCCAGGCGACUUGUUGCACCACCUUCCCGGGGAGAGUCAGGUGCAAGACCUUUAAACUUGCACCAUUUUUAAUACUCUCAGCCAGCAAUAUAUAAAACAAAUCAAGAAACAGUAGCAAAAAACAACUUAAUCACAGGGGUGGUCGUGGGAGCUCUAGGGUGUUUAGUUAUUUUAUCAUUAAUAAUUGUAAGAAGGAACAGAAAACACCUACUUUCUUGUGAUUUGUAUUCUGAAAUGCAUAACCACUUUGAAAGAGAGCUUAUGUAUAUAAAAAGAAGAAAAAUAGGUGGAGUUUUUGGAAUUAUGUUUAUUUUUAUAGCAAUAGCCAUUAUAGAAAUUUCAUUUGUGAAUUAUUUGAAAAAAAAUGUUUUUGAAACUAAAAGUUUGGUACCACUUGUCGUGCUGAAGCAAGAUGUUUCAAAAGUAAGUUUUAGGUAGUUUGAAGCGAUUAGGAUUAUUAAAAAUCAGGCGUAGUCAUAUUAGUGACGCAGUUGCUAAAGACCUCCCGUACGGGAGGUUCUGCCACUUUUCGACUCCGGACCAGAGGGUCUGUACACAUCCAGUACCUUCUGUCUCUUCCUUGCCUUUUCAGUCUUGAUUGGGCGGCUUAUGGAUUUCUGCGACUCUGCUAGGAGGAUGGGAGUAGCUUGACUCUAUAGAUCAACUCUUGGAGUCUCUCGGGUGCUAAAGUGUCUUCCUUCGACAGCUACAGGAAAAAGGCUACCCCCUGUGGCCUGGGUUGAAGCCCCCAGUUCUCGGUAGAGGAAUAUCCAUGGGUCCUUGGAUCCAAAGGACAUUGUUGAGCACUUCCAUUUACAACGACAGGAAAGCAGCCAAAACGUACCCUCAUAUACAUCUCUUGAGCUAUACUUGAUUCUCAACUCGGAGUCCAUCCCAGUUCGCCGUAUCCAUAAGGUCUGGACUGCUACGCCAAGAGGGCAGGUCUACACACGUCAACAUUUUAAUAUAUAUCAGUUAGUUUGAAGGGAAUUUUUAUAUUACAAUUACACUUAUGAAUUAUGGAGGUACUUGUGUUAACUAUAAUUCUUUAAAUGAGAUGACAUGUCCUUCAUCAAUUUCUCAUACAAUUGACGGGAUUAAUGGGAACUGAGAAGAGCAGGAUUGCGAGCUUCUGGAUAAUGGAGAUUGCGUAAUAACAAUAAAUUGUGUUAAAUGCUCUAUUAAUACACAAGGGAACAUAUUUUAUACAAUGGACGACUCAAAUGGGUAUACCUCAGGAUUUAUAGUAAACGUGACCUCAUCUUCAUCAAUUCCUGGAAAAGCCAGCAGCUAUAAAACUGCAGUUUUGCCUGAUAAUAAUUAUUUAUUUUUCGGUGGCACGACUGUUAUAUAUUAUGACAUGGUCCCAUCUGUAAUAGUAAUUCAGUAUUAUGAAGAUACAAUAAACAAUAAUAAUGAUACAGGAUAUCACGUUGAUUUAAAACAAGUUUCAAGCACUGGCACACAGUAUCAGGCUUUUGAGUAAAAACUAUGCAGGUUGGGGUACGCUUUUAUUAAUUAUUUAGAACUAGAGCUUGAUCUUAAUAGAAAUGGGCUUGUUACAAACAAAGGAGCAAAGCAGACAUUUAUUAUGCUUAUUUCUUCACUUUUAGGGUCUGUUUUUGCUGUUUUAGGGAUUUUAGGAGGCAUAAUGAAGCAAACAGAAGAUAUUUGGCUUAAGAUUAAUAAACUAGUAAAUCACGAAAAAAAGGUUGUGAAGUCAAGAAAGAACGCAGAAAAUAUUUUCAGUGCUUAUGGAGGAUGGAUGAAUAAUAAUGAUGAAGAAGAAGGAAUGUCGGCUGGGAGCUCAGGUCCAAUUAACAAUAAUAUUGAAAAAUAA